AUGGCAACCCGAUGGGGACUCUGUGGCGCGGGGAAAAUCAGCCACGAUUUCAGCGUGGCCAUGAAGACUCUGCCUCCUGGAGAUCACCAGAUAACAGUCGUUGCAGCGAGGAGCUUGGAGCGUGCCAAAGAGUUUUCCAAGAGGCAUGGUGUCCCUAAGGCUUACGGUAGCUAUGAGGAGCUGGCUAGAGACCCAGACGUUGACAUUGUGUACGUGGGAGUGCUGCACACGGAGCACUGGCGAGUUGGUCUGCUGUUCCUCGAGGCCGGGAAGAACGUGCUGUGCGAGAAACCUUUCGCUAUGAACGCCGGACAGGUGAAAGACCUCGUCGCCGCAGCCAAGAAGAACAAUGUCUUCCUGAUGGAGGCCAUCUGGUCCCGCUGUUUCCCCGUGCACGGCGAGGUACGCAGGCUGCUGGCCGAGGAGGCGGUAGGGGAGUUGAAGCUGGUAAAGGCGUACUUCGGCUCCCCACAGCUCCACAUCCCCCGCUCGGUAGAGAAAGAGCUGGGCGGUGGCGCGCUGCUGGAUAUCGGAGUGUACUGCCUGCAGUUUGUGCUGAUGGUGUUCAAUGGAGAGAGGCCGGAGUCCAUCCAGGCCACAGGGGUGCUGCUUGACUCAGGAGUGGAUGAGUCAGUGGUUGUGGUGAUGAAGUUCUCCAGGAACAGAAUGGCCCUCUGCGUCUGUUCAAUUGCUGCUCGACUUCCGAACGAUGCUGUCAUCAGCGGCACUAAGGGCUCCAUUAAAGUUCUCUGCCCCAUGCACUGCCCCACCGCGCUCGUGGUGAACGACAAGGAGACGGAGUACCCUCUGCCUGAACCCUGCCUCCCUCUGUAUUUCCCCAACAGCACUGGGCUUCGCUAUGAGGCAGAGGAAGUGAGGCAGUGCCUGCUUAAAGGACUUAAGGAGAGCCCACGGAUGCCUCUGGCAGACUCUGUCUUACUGACAGAGAUCAUGGAUGAAAUCAGGAAACAGGUGGGAGUUGCCUUCAGCCAGGACAGUCAGUGACAUCACUUCAAAACUGGGCUGUUUCACCUGACUUAGACCUACUCAGAUGGAACAGAAGGGAGCUGCUCGGGGCAGGCUUUGGAUCUUUGAUAUAAGCAGAUCCCUCAUGGCACUGUGUGACAAAGCCUGAGCAGACGCAGUGUCACUGAGGCAACUGUGACUCGGAUAACAUAGUGAGCUGCCACUGAAUUAGAUACAAUCUACAAGUUAUUGGAACAUGCAAAUCUUGGUUACAUUUAUUACUGUUUUUGUAUUUACUUUUUUUGCAUCUUAUAGACCCAUUGGAUCUCUAGAUUCUACCUUAGAGUCACCUAGUAAACGCCUUGUAUGUCUUUAUGAUACAGUACAGGACAAACACUUAUACUGUCAGAUUAAAAAUGUCUUAAACCAGAUAAAUCACAAUGUAAACAAACAGAGCAACAAUGUCCUGUAAUCAAGUCCAAGGCCUUUUAAA